AUGAAUCGAUCAUUCCCCUUCCGUCAGAUGAACUUCAGCGAUGAGGUCUAUUCUCAUCGCUUGCUCCUCUGCAUUUCGCCUGAGCUUGUGUCGAUGGGUUUCCUUCAGUGCCAAUCCUCCGUGAUGGCGACUUCAUCGGUGCAGCUGGAACCACCAGCUCCACCAAACCCACUGAAUCUAGGCUCUUCUCCUCGGCUGUCGGUUUUCAUCUCUGUUAUGCUGGUUGAGAGUUUUCCUCCUUUGCCGGAUUUCGCUGCUCCUCCAACGCAUAUUCCUUUUGCCAUGUCGUUCGUCGCUGCUCCCUCUUCCUAA